AACUGUCAAUUAUGUCAAUAGUGCUAGAAGCAAUUCAUUUCCUAGGUAACUACAAUUACAACAUUUAAAAUUACAGACAUAAAAAUUUCGACGAUGAUUUCUAAUGGUCAUUUCACAUUUUCUGCGAAAAUAGAAGACAAACCUGCGAAGAAGUCUUUUGAUGACGAGUUUUAUUCUUUGGAUAAAUUUAAUUGGUUGAUUCACCUACAACAUGUCACAGGAGGGAUACAAACUUGUAAAUUUUUAAUAUCAAAAGAAAUUGAGAGGAGUAAGGGAAGAAAUGAAUUUGCUUUUUUCAAACAGGGAGAAAUUUUUUGUGAAGAAGAAAAGUUUCAAGAGGCAUUAGAAUCUUUUCAAGCUUGUUUGAGAUUGAAUCCCAAUAAUGCAGAUUAUUUGAAAGAAGUAGCGAAAUGUCUAUUUGCAAUGAAAAGAUAUAAGUUAGCUAUGGAAGCAUAUUUGGAAGCUGAGCGUUUUUUAAAUCAUCCGGAUUGGCACGUUUACUAUUAUUUAGGACAAUGCUUAUUGAAAUUGGGAGAUAUGCACAAAGCUCAAGAGUAUGCUCAGAGGGCGGUUCAAGUUGGAAAACAUGAACUUUGUUACGAGCUCUUGAUAAAAAUAUUGAUGUUACAAAAUGAAAUAAAAUCAGCUGUGGCUGUUUCAAACGCAGCAGUAGAGUCCUGUCCAGACAGCGUGAGCAUGUUAACUGAAUCGGGACUUCUUUUUUUGAAAAUAGGUCAGAACGAAUUUUCUUUUGAAAGAUUAAGUUCAGCUUUGGCAUUGGAGCCAACUCAUACGAAAGCCUUGUUGGCGAUAGGAUGUAUUAUACAGAAACACGAGGACUACGACGUGGCAUUGUCAAAAUACAAAAUGGCCAUCCAUUAUCAACCGGAUUCUAUUGUGCUCUGGAACAAUAUCGGCGUUUGUUUUUAUGCCAAACAAAAAUAUGUCGCGGCAAUCAGUUGCUUAAAACGAGCUUUAUGGCUUGAUCCGUUGAAUUGGAGAGUUCUUUUUAAUUUAGGCCUCUGUCAUCUAGCAACCAUACAGCCGGCAUCAGCUUUCAAUUACGCGUGCGCUGCUGUGAAUCUUAGACCUGAUAUAGCUAACUCUUUCACCAUUUUGGGAGUUGCUCUAUUGGAAUUGAAAGAUCCAGACAAUGCUGUUAAAGCGUUUCGAUUAGCAUUAAGUUUGUGUCCAGAUGAUGUUUACAUUGUUGUUAAUAUGGCAUUAUGUUGUGUGUUACUUGGUAGUGAAAAAGAGGCGAUAGGUUUGAUGGAAAGAUAUGGAAAGUUGAUGGAGAAUACCACAGUUUAUACAAAUGAGUUGAUUUAUUUGGCAGAUCAACUAAUUGCGUAUUUGAGUCUACACGAUACGAACAAAGAAAUAUGUGAUGUGUCAGUCUGUGAGGGCGAUAUCAAAACGCAAGCUGAAUAUUCAAAAUUAGAGACAGAGGAAUGAGAAAAUGAAAUACCGAAUGUUUUAAUCACAAAUAAAAUAAAUUUGUGUAAUUGGAA